AUGCCUUUGUCCCCCCAGUUCAUGGAAGAGGUAUGGGUGCGGAGGUCGUUCUCCGCAGCUGGCCAUACACUACUAGUCUACGACUAUCUCCUAACUUUCAGAGAAGAAUUCGUCUACGUCUGGAAGGCCCCCUGGACGGUUAUCAAAAUCAUGUUUCUUCUCAACAGGUAUGGAAACCUUAUUGGACAGACUACCAUCCGGCUGGAAGAGGCUGGUCUCCUUGCACAUAAUUCUCAAAAGUUCUGUCAAGGGUUUUCAAUUUUCACCACUUGCUUCAUGCGUGUGUCUAUCGAAUCGAUCCACAUCCUCGUGCUCCUGCGUGCAUGGGCUAUCUGGGGAACUCGAAGGCGUGUAACGAACAUCUUCACCUGGAGUUACGUGGGCUACAUCGUUGUGCUGGUGGCUAGCUCAGCAUAUGGUUUAUACGCCGGUAAUAUUCAUUUUCAGUUCCUCGACGUGGUUCAGGUCUGCGUGGCGACAGGGCCUAUUUGCUACUUCAAAGCAUAUGUGGUUGGUCGCUUUUACAUCGUGUUUGGUAUAUUGACGGACGUCUCGUCGGCCUCGAUGAUAUUCUUUAUUCUCGAUAUAAUAGUCUUCGUCCUAACGAUGCGAAGUCUCCGGAUAUAUUCUAGAGAAUUUCAGCAACUCUACCCGUCUAGUCUCCUCCAUAUACUCGUUCGAGACGCGACCUUAUUUUUCAUCGUUAGUAUGUUCAGUAAUGCAUUGACUGCAUUCAGGACCAAACCAACAUAUUUCCUUGCUAAAGGGUUCGCAACUCCGUUACUUUCGGUAGCUGGCCAGCGCCUAGUCCUGAACCUUCGGAGUCUUCAAACGCGUUCCUACGAAACUCGCGAUCUCAGCCGUGAAGUGGACCGGCAACUACAAGCAUUUGCUGAAGGGGGCUCUCCAGGCCUGGAUGAUGUAGAAGAGUUGGAAGGUAUGCAGGAUGGUGAUUCGAUGGUCGCGGACCAGUCUACCAUGCCACGAGAAAAUAUUGACAGUAUACACGAGAUCGCCGGUAUUCCUUCGUUACCUGCCCAGAAACGUGCAUGA